AAGCUUGCAUGACAUGCCAUCUAAAAAGACAGCAAACAACAUUCACAAAAAUUUCUUGUACAUAGAUAUUAUGUUUGCUACUUGUACAUACUAUUUGAGUACUUGCUGCUAUUAUGUAAUGCAUUAUUCUUGAUACGUGCUUUUCUCAUAUUGCUUUAUUGAAGUAUGACUGAGAAGGCGGUGUGGGAUGAUGCCCAUCUCAAGAAACUCAUUGAAAUAUUGAGAGAAGAGGUUGAAAAGGGGAAUAGGCCAUUAGGUUAUUUAAACAAGAGGGGUUGGGAAAACGUUUUGGAGAAAUGGGAAGCUAGAACGGGAAAGAAGUAUCCCAAGGAUAAAUUCAAAAACAAGUGGGAUGCCAUAAAAAAUGAGUACACUUGGUUCAUGGAGUUGAAAAAUGAAGCAACUGGGCUUGGAUGGGAUGAUGCGAAGAGAACCGUUGAUUGCUCUAAAGAAUGGUGGGAUGAACAUAUCAAGAGAUGCCAAGAGAGUACAAGAAAGAAAUGCAAUCAUAUGAAGUUCAAAAAACAGGGACCAAAGCACCUUGAAGAUUUGCACAUCAUAUUUGACAAAGUACAUCUUACUGGGGCUAGUGCUUCUUGUGCUGGAGAUAUAUCUUCUGAUGAAUCAAGUGAUGAUAAUGCGGUUCCUUUCGAGAAGCCCGAUGGUAGUGCUGAAAUGAAGUUGGCAUCUUCGAAGAAACCAAAACCAAGCAAGAAGCGCAAGCAACCUUCUAACGCAAAUGAGGAGAAGGAAGAGAAGA